AUGGAUUCUCGAGGAGAUGUGUUAGGCUACUGGGGUCGAAAAAUCAUCGAAGAUUAUGAUGAUGCUCUCUGCAAAAACAUUCCCCCACUCACCGCGACUCCUCAUCAAGAGACCUCGCAGAUACCUGCGCUCCCUAAGCGUGUUGGAAUUCUAGGCGCGGGAGUUGGUGGUCUAUACACCGCCCUUAUCCUAGAUUCGCUGAACAUCGACUACGAGAUCUUGGAGGCGUCGGACCGCACCGGCGGACGCCUCUUCACCUACAACUUCCCGAAUGGUGGUAAAUACGACUACUACGAUGUUGGCGCCAUGAGGUUUCCCCUGCCAACGAAGGACGCUCAAGGCAACUACAAGAUUGGUAUGAUGAGGCGCCUGGGCGAGUUAAUCAACUACUCGAAGCUCAACAAGGGUUUAUCGAAGCCACCUCUAAGCUCCCAACUUAUCGAUUAUCAUGUUACGUCAAAGAGACAAGGGCAUUUCCUCUACUUCAACAAUCAACGUUAUCAAGUCUCUCAGACAUCGCGCCCUCCUGACUUCCGUGCCCAAGAAAUGGGUGUGAAUUCUCAGUACAUCGCCGUGGGAGUUGAGAAUAUUAUCCAGGAUGUCAUUCGACCGUUCGCUAAGGACCUCAUUGAAGACUUGGAGCAAAAUGUCCAUUCGGGCUGGCAUAACAUAAUGAAGCACGAUGCAUACUCGCUUCGCUCAUUCAUGUCACUCAAAUACACUCCCAGCGCCAGCCUCCAAAUUCCGCGCACGCAUCUUUCCGCCAAUGCUAUCAAUUGGUGCGAGACAUUCGACGAUAGCACGGGCGCGUAUGAUCGCGGUCUCACUGAAGCGGUUCUUCAAGCGCUGGCAUUAGCUAGUGUUGAGUCACAGACCCUUGGAGGCGUAGAAUGGAAGUGUUUAGAAGGCGGUUCUCAAGUGCUCACCGACUACAUGGCGGCAUACCUUACUGCUAACGGCACCAAGCCUGUCAUCCAGUUCAAUAAGAAGGUCACAAGCAUCUCUCAGAGUGGAGACAUGGCAAUGGAUGUUUCUGUGAGGGGCGAGUGUAGCCCGCGCACAUAUUCACACGUUAUAUCGACUAUUCCUCUACCGGGUCUACGGGUGAUCGAACUCGGAGGUGCUGGUUUGAAUGUGAUGCAGAAAAAUGCAUUGCGUAAACUGCAGUACGGUCCUUCAGUCAAGGUUGGCAUGCGCUUUCAAUCAGCGUGGUGGACCGAACUUUUCGGUAUCAUAGGAGGCAAAUCAUCCACAGACCUUCCUAUUCGAACUAUCAUCUACCCUUCUCACGGGGCUGAAUCUAGCACGCCGUCCACAGUGCUGAUUGCGAGCUACUGUUUGACAAAUGAUGCAGAACGCUUGGGAGCGCUCAUCAACACCGGUAAGAUAGAGUAUGAGGAGCAAUUGAAGGAACUCGUGCUGCGCAAUCUCGCGGAAGUACACAAUAUGGAUUAUAGUUUCUUGUUGGAUCAGUACGUAGACAUGCAUGCGUGGGACUGGAGCGACGACCCGCUCGUCAUGGGUGCCUUUGCGUUCUUUGGGCCCGGAGAUUUUCAAGAUUUAUACACGUCUCUCACCGUACCCAAUGCCAACAAGAGGCUCCAUUUCGCUGGAGAGGCCAUCAGCAUUCGUCACUCGUGGGUCGUCGGUGCACUGGACAGCGCAUGGCGUGCAGUGUAUGAAUACCUGCUCACAUCCGGACAGCAUGAGAAGAUUCAAAGAUUCUUCGAUCUGUGGGGCCAGAACGAAGAAUGGGCAGGUCAAUCCAAACAUGGAAAGCACGAUCCAGCUGAUCCGAACACGAUGUUGCGAGUUCACAUGGGAUACACGUAUGCUGGUGAAAUCACUGGGGAGGUGAAGUUUUGA